GCUGCUCCAGGAGACUGGCAGAUUGCACGCAGGUCCACUCAGCUCCAUUUGCAGCAGCCCAGGGUCAGAAGACUCAAGGGGUACUAGGAAGUCCCCAGAGACCUGAGUGACUGAAGGAUGGUACUGGUGGCCUUGCUUGGACUCAGCUGGUUCUGUUCACCCCUGGGAGCUUUGGUCCUGGAUUUCAACAACAUCAAGAGCUCUACAGAUGUGCAAGGCACUGGGAAGGGCUCACAGUGUGCCUCAGACAAGGACUGCAACGUAGGGAAGUUCUGUCUCAUGCUGCACGAUGACAAGUCAUACUGCACCACAUGCCGUAGAGUUCGAAGGAGGUGCCAGCGGAGUGCCAUGUGCUGCCCAGGAUCAGUCUGUGUGAAUGAUGUUUGCACUGCUGUGGAAGACACAAGGCCAGUAAUGGACAGAAACAAUGAUGGCCAAGAUGGCACCUAUGCAGAAGGAACCACCAAAUGGCCCACAGAGGAAAACAGAGCUCAGGGGAAGCCCAGCAUUAAGAAAUCACAAAGCAGUAAGGGACAGGAGGGAGAAAGCUGUCUGAGAACUUCCGACUGUGGCCCUGGACUUUGCUGUGCUCGCCACUUUUGGACAAAAAUUUGCAAGCCAGUACUACUAGAGGGACAAGUCUGCUCCAGGAGAGGGCAAAAAGACACUAUACAAGCCCCAGAAAUCUUCCAGCGCUGCGACUGUGGUCCUGGACUGUUGUGUCGAAGUCAGGUGACUGGUAGCCGCCAACAGACAAGGCUAAGAGUAUGCCAAAGAAUAUGAGUUGUAAACAUGGGACUCAUUGUAUUCACACAGCCAGUAACUAAUUUUAUUAAUGUUAUUUUAUUUUGUUUUUUUGAGGCAAGGCUUCACUGUGUAGCCUUGGCUCGGCUGGAACUUGCUGUCUACCUGGCUGACUUUGAGCUCAUAGAGAUCUGCCUGCCUCUGCCUUUUGGGUACUUUUCGGGGUAGAGUGAGGAGUUCUUAGACAGGGUCUCAAAGUAAGCUCUGUAGCCCAAGUUGGCCUCAAACUCACAAUCCUCUUACACCCCAGGUUUGGGAUUAUAGAUGAACACCAACCACUACACCCAACAUAUAUAAAAAGCCAAAUCUAGCAACUGAAAUACACAGUAACCUGUGUACUAUGAGAUGCUGCACUGUGAAUUACUUUUGGCUUUUUGUAUCCUGUCUAGAAUAUUGACAAGAUUCUACAAUAAAACAAUUCUGACACAGCCACUCAAAUCUAUUCAAAUAAAUCUUUUUUAAAAAUUGAGAUUGGAUAUGGGUGUACAAUGGGAUCUUUUGAUAUACUGUGAACUGCCUACCAGACAAACUAUUGGAUGUGUAUGUCCCCAGAAAUCACAAGUCAUUUCAGGUGAGGGGCUGCUAUUUCUGAGAUAAAGCACACACCUAUUCUUCUGUAUUGCAAACAGAAAAUGGGUCAAAGAAAAAAGUUACAUUGAUGAAGUCUCUUCCUCUCUCUCUCUCUCUCUCUCUCUCUCUCUCUCUCUCUCUUUCUCUGACAGGGUCUCACUAUGUAGCUCUGGUGUUCUGGAAUUCACUCUGGG